UAAUGUACCGAAUUUACUUUUAGUAUGUUAUUCACAUCUGUAUUUUCAUGGGGAGUUUAUCCCUUUUCUGUAUGCAUUAUGUUGCAGUGUGUCACGUCAGCGCGCCAAAAACGAUUUUCCCGCUCGCGUUGCUCUUGAGAAAUCCGUCGGGUUAAGGGCAAAAAAGACCCAAAGUUCUUACGUUCCUGUCAUAUUCUUCACAAUGAUAGGAUCUACAGACUUGGAGGAAAGCACGGAUGGCCUUGGCAACAAGAAUGACGAGGAAUUUGGGCAGAAAACAGAAAAGCUGAUGCCUUCAGAUAUGAACACCAGAAAUGUCAGUGACAACGAGGACAGCCCUGUUAGUCAGGAGACCAAACCAGCCAGCAGGGGACCUGCCCAUGGAGAAGAUAGCACCAUUAACAAAACACCCAGUACCAAGAUGAGAAGGCUUGUCCUGGACUCAUCAUCUGAUGAGGAGGACAUAGUUGUAUCCAGAAAGCAGCUGCAGAACUUGGAUGACUCGGAUGGAGAAGACAGCAAACUCUCUAUCAGGAAGACACCAAAGACUCGCAGGAAGGCCAUCCUGGAGGACUCAGACGAGGAGGAUUCCUCACCUCCAACAGAGGAGGGUUCUACAGUUGAGCAGUCAGCAGCAGGAGGAGACAACUCAGACAGUUCUGAUGGAGAAGACAUACAGACCAACAGAAUAGUCAACAAAUCAAGUAGCAAAAAGAAAAGGAUUGUCAUGGACGACUCCUCUGAUGAAGACGAGGGGCUGGGGAGUUUAGCAAGCAGCAAGAUUAAGAAAGAUGACCAGCCUAAAUCUGGCAAGAUGAACAUCCUUGCUGACUCUGAUGAUGAUGAUGAUGAAGACAUGCUUGGAGAAAUAUCACUAAAAUCCUUACUUCACAAUAAGAAUCAGGAUAAACAGGAAACAGAUAUGAAGACAUCCAAAGAUGGAAAGAAGAAAAGGCCUGUGCUGGAUUCAUCAUCAGAUGAGGAGGUGGAGAUGCACCUAAACAAGUUGAACUCUGACCUCUUUGAUGAUGAACAAAAUGACAACAGUGACCAGGGUGCGGAAAUGGACAUGGAGGAAGAAGAACAGGUCAGAUCCGAGAAAUCUGCAAAGAGCAAAGCAAGAAAGAAACAGGAGAAACCUCCCAAGCCCAAGAGGCUGAAUAAAGCCGAACAACAUCUGAUGCACAGUGAAACACAAAGGAUGACCAGAGAGUCAGAGCUGAACCUUCCUUACCUCAAGCCACCACCUAAAACUAUAGAUGACUUCUUCAAGCCCAGACCUAAGGCAGGACCACUCAAAGCUGUCGGGGGAAUCGCAAGCCUCCUCAGAAGACCUGUUGCCCAACAGUUGGCCGUCAGGAAAACGACAGCACAGGCCACAAGACCAGCUGAGAAGCCUCUCGGCAGUUCACUAGCUCCUUCACAAGCACAUCCAGCAGCCCCUCCACAGCCCACCAGAGCAGAUGUUUUCACGAAUGAUGAACUUGAUGAACUGCCUGACAUUGUAGAUACAACAUGUGCAGAUAAAAAUGAUAAGGAUCUUCUAACCGUGUCAGCAUCGCCGACUGAAAUAACAGAUUCAGGUCUAACGUCUGUAAAUACAAACCUCGGUGCAAAGAUUAGUUCAGAGGAUGAUAUAGAAAUGCAAGAGAAUGCUGAAACCACUCAGGGAACCUCAGAAGGGAUUACUCAGGACUCCGGUGUGGGAACAGAUGCUGCUACGUCCACACAGACAGCUGCCCCCCUCCCCACCCAUACAUCAGAGACCCAGCCUGAACUGUCACAGGCAGCCUCAGCCGAGCAGUCAGAACCUGCAGCAGAUAAACAGGAGGAGAAAGAAGACCUCAAGCUGACAGUGCCACCACCUUGCCUCAGUGGAGGGCCUGACUCCUUUAUUGAUCUGGAAGACUCCGCUGUAAGCUGCUCUGACAGGCCCAAGAAGAAAGGAAGUAUGGUAGACCUGCUGGACAGGUUCAUUAAGCAUUCCCAGGCCAGCAAGAAACGAGCCAAGAAGCACCAACAGCAGAUCAGUAUUGUAAAAAAGGAGACAUCUGCUGAAGGGAAGGAGGAACUGAAGCAGGAGACCCUGACUGUUACUGUAGAGGAAGGGGAAGAGCCUGCUAAAGAAGAAGCACCUGGUGCUCGGCUGAUGAAGCUGAAGGAGACUCUCCAGGCCAAGAUGCGUGAGCGGCGAGCGCAGGAGAGGGAGAAACGGCAGCAGAUGUACCAGCUGGAUAACGAGGAGGGGUUUGGGGACGAGGAGGAGGAGAUGACUGAUGAAGAGGAGACAGAUGAUGAAGAGCAAGAUGAGGAGAGGGAUCAAGGACAGGGUAUCCUGGAUCUGGAGGCAGAGGAAGAUGGAGAGGGGGAGGAAGAGGAUGCUGAUACUAUCCUCACAGAUGAGCUUCCAUCCACUACCAACCUCAAACCUGUCAAACUGUGCCCAGGUGACAGCGAGACAGACAGCUCCAAUGUUGAUUUCAAAACACCGGCAAAGUUUGCACGCCCUCUGCAUCCUUUCUCUGCAGGGUCUGAUAAAACUAUGGACUUGUUUGACUCCACAAGCGAGAGCAACUUGACCACGCCUGGAAACAGUAACCACAGCAUCAAGUCAAAGCAGGAUUCAACUAAAGGGUUAGAAGUUACGCCAACUGGUCACUCCAAGCCAGGGCAAGGAAAAGGCUUCUUCAGCUUUAGUGCCAUUAAACAGAAAAAGGGUCUCAUCCGACACGAGUCCCAGGGUUUCCCAUUUGAUGACAGUGACCAGUCCCUAGAUGGUAGUGCAAAGGGCUUAAAAUUACAAGGAGACACAAGCAGUGUAGACCUCAACACCAGUAUGGACCUAGGGGCUUCUAUCCCCUCCCACCAGCCAGAGAAAAAAGUUGGGUUUGGCCGUGAGGACACAGCUCCUGAUCUCUUUGCACCCUUCUCUAGGUUCAAGUCAGGAGAAGAGCCAGAUUCAGGGCAAAAGAGCUCACUCAAGCUGUCUGAGUUGACCCUGCCCAUUGAGGACUCCCAGGACCUUUACCGCUCGUCGCAGUCCCCACCACCAGGCCAGAGGCUACUAAGCACACAGAGUUUCCACUUCUCUCUGGAGAGUGACUCUCAGCAGAGCCAGCUGCUGGACUCAGACGGUUUUCUGAAGGCAGCCGAUGAGAAGAGACCCCCUAAGCGGCAGUUGCUGCUGGCUGAUGACAAUGCCAUGGACACCAACAUGGAUGAGCUGUUGGACCUGUGCUCAGGGAAGUUUACUGGAAGGACACAGAAUUCUGGAGGCUCCCAAAGAGACAGAAAGGAGCUGGAUGGCAGUAGAGGGUUUGCCUCUGAUGGCUUCAAGGCCAGGCUGCCCAGAACAGACAGCCAGGAUGACAUGGAUGAACUGCUGGGGCUCUGCUCAGGGACAUUCACUGGCAGUACCCAGCAGCCGGCCCAGUCCACCCAGGGUAGGAAGAGAGCACGUGAGGAGUCCCAGGAUGGCAGCAGUAUGUCGCUAAGGAUGGUGUCAGAUGAAGAGGUGGAGGAGGAGGAGAAAACGGAGAGGAAGUACUUCAGCGAUGGGGAGGAGGAGGAGGAGGCACAGGAGGAAGAUGAAGAUGAGGAAGAGAAAGAGGACAAUUUGGAUGAUGAGUCUAAUGAGGAGCUAAAUUUCCACAGACACUUCAAAGGUUUCAUGUACAAGAAAAAGAGGAAAAUCCGCGGGGAGUUUGUGGAGCAGGAGGCAGAACUGUCCGGGAGUGAGGAAGGGAGCGGGGACGAGGCGGAGGGGUCAGAUCUGGAUGAAUAUGAGCACGACACGGACCCAGAGGACCUGCCUUCAGACGAGGAAGAACUGCAGAAACAGGUCCACAGGCUGCACAUGAAGUCCAUGCUGGAUGAAGACAAGCGGAAGCUGCGGCUGUACCAGGAGGCUUACCUGGAGGAUGGAGACCUGCACAGCGACUCGCGCAGGAAGAGGAGGUUCAGGUGGACCAAUAUUGAUGAGAACUCUCAGACAGACCUGUUCACCUUGAACUCUGAUGGUGAGCAGGAGGGAGGAGAGGAGGGGGAGGAUGACUCCCAGUGGAGGAUGGCCAGGUACCAGAGGGAGAAGUGGCUCAGGGAGAAACAGGAGAGCCAGCAUGACAGUGAUGAUGACCACCUGGAUGAAAACAGCCAGUUUGUCAAAACAGCCAAGAAGGCUCUUAGCAAGAUGAAGAAACCAGCAUUGCCCUCAAGUCCUUCUAAGGAAAACCAGGCUAAAAAGACAACCACAGCUGCUGUCUCACCUGGAAAACCACCCAUCCUGGCCAAACCUAUGAGAUAUCGCUAUGGCUCCUUCCUGAAGAAGGAUAAGGCCAGCCUGGAGCGGCUUGCCUCCGUCAAAGUGGUGGAUCCCAACGGUCCUCGUCAUUCCAAGAACUUCAUCUUCAAAAGAGUCUCUCCUGACAAGCCCAAGCCAGCGACGAAACGACCACAAGUAAACAGGUCCGUGAGCCAGGUCGUGACCCCCAGCGCCAAGCGACCCAGACUGGAUCGCAGCCAGAGUGAGGACAGCAACAGCAUCUUCACCAUGUUGUACUGAACAGCACCCCACCAUGCUGGUAAGGGCAGCAACCCACCAAGAAAGGCUGGACAGCACUCCACUGUGCAGCA